UCCUUUUUACAGUUUCUGUACAUUAAUUUUUAGUUUUCUUACAGAUGAAACUGUAGUAUUGCUAUACAAACUGUUGGAUUUUAUUUUGUGUGUGUAUAUUUGUGCAAAUGGGGUAUUUGGGGUCCCUUCUUUUCUUCUUUUCUUUUUGGUUGUAUUAUAAGAUACCACACACAAGCCAUUGUCUGUGAAGUUUCCAUGAGUUUUGUUUGGUUGCUGAUAAAAAAAAAAGGGUUCGAGUGAGCUUUGAAGGAUUUUCAUGGCAAAGUCAAUAAACUUGUAAGGAACUUUGUGUGUACAGUGGCUUUUUUUUUGGAUUAAACUAUAAUCUGUGUCUGAAAUUUGGACACGUGUGAAGGGUGAGUUGAUGAGUUUUGGUUAGGCAUCUGAUAGAACAUUAAUGGUGAAAGAGUAAAAAAGAUUAUUGCAAUUCAAGUGUUUGAAAAAAGGUUGAUGAGAAUUAUAGGAGUUUUUUUUUUAUAAGGUUCGAUUAGUUGAAAGGGAGAAUUAAAGAUGGCUGCAAAGUUGCUUCAUUCCUUGGCCGAUGAAAACCCGGAUUUACAGAAGCAAAUCGGGUGCAUGACCGGGAUAUUUCAGAUCUUUGACCGUCACCAUAUGAUAACGGCAAAGCGCCUGAGCCAUCGGAAACUUCCUGCUGCAGGUAAUUCCAGGACAAACAAUGGAGUCCUAGAAGGUGACUCAAAUAAUCUGUACCAUCGACACGUAUCAACGGAAAUGAAUAUAGACAGAACCGUGAAUGAGAAACAAAAAAUCUCUACGGAGUCUUCACGAGCCUCGUUUUCGUCAUCAUGUUCAUCUUCCAUGUCAUCACUUGAUUGUAACAAGAUAGCUCAGCAAGAGGCCUCAUCCUUUGACAGAAUGCUUUUUCCCGAAACUCCGUCUAGGGAUGCAAUGAUGAACCAACUGAGUACUUCUCCACAUUUAGGGUCACAAUGCCUUGAUCUUCGAGAUAUGGUCAAGGACUCGAUGUACCGAGAAGCUAGAGGACUAUUGGUUAAAACGACAACAAGAGAGGACAUAUUGGGCAGUACCGUGAAACAUAGAGAUUCUCCAAGGCCAUUUCAGGUUCCGAAAUCGGUGGAUGGGUCUUACAGUGUCAGGACUAAUGGAAAGAAAAACACGUCGUCCGCUGAUCUUAAGGAGUCUCUUAGAGUUCUUGCUAAACUUCAGGACGCACCUUGGUACUACAAUAACGAAGCUAGACAACUUCAAAGAUCAUCAUGUGAAGCAAACGGCUUGUGGAAUUCAACGUCAAAGGACACUCCUCGAUUUUCUUACGACGGAAGGGAGAUUAAUCGUUUAUCAUUUGAAUCACAAGACACCUUCAAAUCGACACCGAAGCUUAAAGAGCAAUCGAGACUUUCUUUGGAUAGUAGAGAAUGGUCAAUGAAGGGUUCGAAGAACCUUACUAAAAGUUUUCAUAAUACUGGCAACUUGAACAUUCCACCGCAAUCUCCGGGAUCCCAGUCACGCCCUGCAAAUAUAGUAGCCAAGCUGAUGGGCUUGGAACCACUGCCGGAUCAUUCCUCGGGCGUAAUGAAUACCUGCACAGUUGAAGAUAGCAAUCCUUUCUUGCAGCCACUAAGAGCAAACGAUCUGAACCGGCCAACCCGAACUUCUAAUGGAACAAGAAGCUCAUUAAAAGACCCAACAUCACCGCGGUGGAAAAAUCCCGAUAUGAUCAUGAAGCCUAUUUUGAGUUCAAGGUUCCCUAUCGAGCCAGCACCAUGGAGAUAUGCAAAUGGAAGUCGAGGUACUCAGAAACAACCUCUUAAACAUGUAAAGGUUCCACCCAAGCCUCCGAACUGUUCCCCUUCAGUUUAUAGUGAGAUCGAGAAAAGAUUGAAAGAUCUCGAGUUUAGACACUCGGGAAAGGAUCUCAGAGCUCUUAAACAGAUACUUGAAGCAAUGCAAGCAAAGGGACUACUUGAGACCGGGAAAGAAGAACAAGCUGCGAACUUGGUGUCUCAAAGAGACUAUGAACCGAAAUGCACAAGCCCCAGUCAGCAUCUGAGAGGUCAGCGAAGCCAACGGGGUUCGGAUUCUAUUGGAACAUAUGAAUCACCUAUUGUGAUCAUGAAACCAGCAAAACUUGUUGAGCAAGUUAGUAUGCAUGCUUCAACUGUAGUUCCCAUAGUUGACAUCUCAAGUCUCCCGAAGAUUCAGAAUGGGGCAUCUGUAGAUAAUAAACGAGGUUCGAUAAGUAGUCGACCAGCUAGAGAUCAUACUUCUCGAAACAGUCAAAGCACUUCCAUUGCCGGCUCUACUAAUAAGAGAGCUAGUAGCAGGAAUCUCGGAACCAUACAGUCUUCAACGAAACCUCCAAAAGAAAGCACUGCAAGUUCAGUAAAGAGUUCAGGAGGAUCAGUGAGCCCCAGACUGCAGCAAAAGAAGCUUGAGUUGGACCGACGAUCUCGUCCACCCACUCCACCAUCUGAUCCAAGCAAACUUCGAAGGCAAUCCAACAGGCAUCCAUUGGAGUCAGGCUCCCCUAGCGGUAAACGCAGAUCAAAAUCUCACAACAUGCAGCAAUGUGACGACCAAUUGAGUCAGGUAAGUUCUGAAUCGUGGACUUCGAGUCACCAAGGAGAUGACGUUUCUUUGCAAUCAGACAGCAAUCUUACCUUGGAGUUGAAGUUAGAUACGGAAGUCACCAGUCGUGAACGAUCUAUUGAGACCAAUUGUAGUCAAAGUCCAUCCAUGAAUACAACCAAGUACUCAGUUUCGGGCAUAAUGCAGAAAAAAUCAACAUCAAGACUGGUCGAGGAUGGAUCAGUGGCAGAACUUGCUAUGGUUACUCCGGAGCAUCCUAGCCCGGUUUCCGUUCUUGACACCUCAAUAUAUCGAGAUGAUGCGCCAUCUCCAGUAAGGCAGAUAUUGAAUGCCCCAGAAGGUGAUGUUGCUGAAGUUUUCAAUGACGGUCGCAAAGAAGAGCAAUGGAACCCUGCAGAUAACUGCUUAUCAGACAACACUGGGUCUGGUCUAGUCUCGGAGAUUAAUCGCAAGAAACUUCAGAAGAUCGAGCAUUUGGUCCAAAAACUUCGAAGACUAAACUCCACUCAUGAUGAAGCUAGUACAGAUUACAUUGCAUCACUUUGUGAGAAUACGAAUCCAGAUCAUCGAUACAUUUCCGAGAUAUUAUUAGCCUCUGGCCUUCUACUAAGAGACCUCAGUUCUGGCUUGACAACGUUUCAACUCCAUCCAUCAGGCCAUCCUAUCAACCCAGAACUAUUCUUAGUUUUGGAACAAACCAAAGCAAGCUCUUUGCUAUCAAAGCCGGAUCAUGAGAAGUUGCAUCGGAAGCUGAUAUUUGAUUCUGCUAAUGAGAUUCUUGUUGGAAAGUUAGCUCAAGUCGGAGCUUCUCCAGAGCCUUGGUUAAAUCCUGGAAAGCUCACAACGAGGACCCUCAAUGCACAAAAGCUUCUAAAGGAACUAUGCAUGGAGAUAGAGCAACUUCAACCGAAGAAAUCAGACAACAACAUGGAGGAAGAGGAUGGUCUGAAAAACAUAUUGUGGGAAGAUGUAACACGUAGAUCUGAAAGCUGGACAGAUUUCAAUGGUGAGAUAUCUGGGAUGGUUCUCGAUGUUGAAAGGUUGGUCUUUAAGGAUUUAGUCAAUGAGAUCGUGAUCGGUGAAGGGGUUACCUUACGAGCCAAGCAGCAGCAACAACAACAACAACGAAGGAGACGUCAGUUAUUUUCCAAGUAAAAACUGUUUCCAAAAAAGUCUGGUUAUUUUCUUUUUCAUUCACCAUUGAGUUCUUCAUCUGUUCUGAUUUUUUUUUUUUGAAUUUUUGCAUGAAAGCUUAAUAAUUUCAUGGACAAGAUUAAGAACUGCAGUCCUUUGUUACAUCAUAAAAAUGUUACAUUUUCUCAGAUUAUGACAUUAUACGUUUAUACAUAUGUAUGUAAGAAAAAUAUAUAUACAUCUUUUAUAUAUAAGCUCAUCAUGUUUUAAGCAA